CCAUUGUUUGCUCCAACAAGCAUCAGGCGUCAUCGCCCAACGGUUGUUCAGCGGUUCGAUAUAAUCGACGACGAUAAACGCGAAGCAACAGCGGAGACGGACGGAAAGCAAGUCCACGAUCGUACGGUGCAUUGACUUGCCUGUGUGUCCAGCAGCGAAAUGGCAGCGAGCGAUCCUACCACGGACGAUAGCCUGUAUCCGAUCGCGGUGCUGAUCGACGAAUUAAAGAAUGAAGAUGUCCAGUUACGUCUGAACUCCAUCAAGAAGUUAUCGACAAUUGCGCUCGCACUGGGCAUUGAACGAACAAGAAGUGAAUUAAUCCCAUUUCUAACAGAAACUAUCUACGACGAGGAUGAAGUUCUUCUUGCACUGGCUGAGCAGCUUGGUACAUUUACUCCUCUUGUCGGAGGUCCAGAAUUUGUGCAUUGUUUAUUGCCACCGCUAGAGUCUCUUGCUACUGUAGAGGAAACCGUAGUUCGCGACAAAGCUGUGGAAUCUUUGAGAAAUAUCGCAAGCCAGCACAGUUCUGCGGAUUUAGAGGAACACUUUGUUCCGUUGGUAACACGCUUAGCUUCAGGAGACUGGUUUACAUCAAGAACAUCAGCAUGUGGCUUGUUCAGUGUUUGUUAUCCAAGAGUCAGCCCUGCCAUCAAAGCGGAAUUGCGAAAUCAUUUUCGCAGCUUAUGCCAGGAUGAUACACCCAUGGCACGAAGGUCGGCUGCCUCUAAACUAGGUGAAUUUGCAAAAGUUGUGGAAGUCGAGUAUCUUAAAUCUGAUAUAAUACCCAUGUUUGUUAUACUUGCUCAGGAUGAACAAGAUUCGGUUCGCCUUCUGGCUGUCGAAGCUUGUGUCAGCAUUGCAGCAUUGCUGCAACAGGAGGACGUUGAACAGUUGGUUAUGCCUACACUUAGGCAGUGCGCUGGCGAUCAGUCGUGGCGUGUUCGCUAUAUGGUGGCCGACAAAUUUACGGAUCUUCAAAAAGCCGUCGGUCCGGUAAUAACGAAAUCCGAUCUCGUGCCGGCGUUCCAAUUGUUAUUAAAGGAUAUCGAAGCCGAAGUGCGAGCCGCGGCUGCUGAUAAAGUUCGCGAUUUCUGCCAAAAUCUGGACCCGAUGUAUCAAGAAUCUAUAAUAAUGAGUAGUAUUUUACCUCUAGUUAAAGAACUUGUGGCAGACCCCAAUCAGCACGUGAAGUCCGCUUUGGCGAGCGUGAUAAUGGGACUGAGUCCUAUCCUCGGCAAACACAACACAAUCGAGCAUCUGUUACCUCUAUUUUUAUCUCAGCUUAGAGAUGAAUGUCCGGAAGUACGACUGAAUAUUAUCAGCAAUCUCGAGUGUGUAAAUGAGGUCAUCGGAAUACAGCAACUAUCGCAGUCUCUCUUACCUGCCAUUGUAGAAUUGGCGGAGGACUCGAAAUGGCGGGUGCGACUGGCUAUUAUCGAAUACAUGCCGUUGUUAGCUGGACAGUUGGGAGUAGAAUUCUUCGAUGAGAAGUUGAAUUCUUUGUGUAUGACUUGGCUGGUUGAUCAUGUUUACGCGAUACGGGAAGCGGCUACAUUGAACCUGAAAAAAUUGGUAGAGAAGUUCGGACCCGACUGGGCACAAAAUACGGUGAUACCGAAGGUCUUGGCCAUGUCUAGGGAUCAGAACUAUCUUCACAGGAUGACGUGCUUAUUCUGCAUCAAUGUUUUGGCCGAAGUGUGCGGUCCAGAGAUAACAACCAAGGUGAUGCUUCCAACUGUACUGACAAUGGCCACUGAUAACGUUGCAAAUGUAAGAUUUAACGUUGCGAAAACUCUUCAACGAAUUGGACCUUACCUCGAGCCUUCGGCAAUCCAAACCCAAGUGAAACCCGUUCUCGAUAAACUCAACACCGAUAGCGACGUAGAUGUGAAAUAUUUUGCUUCGGAAGCAAUCGCUGGCAUCGCAGGUUGAACCACGCGGAGUGCAUUUAUUACGUACCCAUUAAUAUUCAACCUUAAACUUAAGACAAAACAUUAUAUGUAUACAGACUACAUUUCACUUAUACGUGUAACAUACUUUAUUAUAUAGCAAUUAAUAAGGACAUAUAUUGUACAUUAUCACAGGUUAUAUUACUAUUAUUGUUUAAUAAGAGUUUUUCGGUACAUAUUUAUAUGUUAGAUUUGAUAUUCGUAAAUAUAAAUGUAACAUACGUCGGUAUAUAAUAAAGACAACAAUGUUUCGUCACUUAAGCUUAAUACAAGCCAAGUCUAACUUUUAAUUUGCAAUAAUAGCAAAUAAUGAAAUUUGCCGUUUCUAUAAAAUAGAAAUCAAUCAAUAUUGCUUUUGAUAAUGACUUCUACUUUAUAUGGGCAAUUUCGUAUGAUUUUUAUGUACUAUAUAUAUGUACGAUGAACAGGUACAAUUUAACACAAUUGACACAUUAAUAUAAUCAUCCAUAUAAUAGUUAUUCAAUUUUCCGCUCAUUUGUUUUUAUUAGAGAUAUGAGCUAUUAUUGCACAAUCUUUUAUGGUGUAAUUUAACUCUGCUAAAUACUGCAUUGUACUUACGAAGCUUUAGAACACAAAAAAAAACAAUACUGCUUUACAAUAUAAAUUUUAUUAGAUACAGAA